GUGUGUGUUUUCGCAACAAAAAGAAUGGGGGACCGAAUGGUUAAGCAUGGCAUGGGGGACGGGGCAAGAAAAAAAAAAGAGGGCCGAGGCUUCGGGUGGUCGCUUAACUAACAAGGCGUUUACCUGGCCGUGGGGAGGAAGACGCGCCUCCUCGUAAACCUUCUCUCUCUCUCUCUCGUCUACUCGUCAUCCUUACUCACCAAAGGGGACUGUCUUUUGCAAGCAGACUCUUGUAGGCUCGCUAUUCUACGCGAUUGCCACUGCUGGUCUUGCUGUCGAGCCCUGGGCAGACUUUAUAUCUCGUGAUUCGCCCACAAAGCGUCUCGAGUGUCGCCUCGCCUCCCCUUCCCCCCCGGUUGCUCACAUUGCAAACUUGCCAUACCCGGGAUGAGUCCUCAGGCCCAGGAACCCAGCGGCAGUGCCGCCGCCGCCUCCAAGACCAAAAAGUCUUCGGACUUCGAGGUCCUGUCUUCGAGCCUGCCGUUCGGCCAACCCGUCCCCCCCUUGGCCUCCAUCUCCGGCCCGACCUACGUGACGGCGCAGCUCCUCGUCCAGCAGGUCGCCUACAAGCUGUCCGACAAGAUCUACUCCUACUCCCCCGAGACGUUCGACCUCGACAUCGCCGCCAAGCAUUGGGCCACCACCGCCACCAAGGAGGACAACAAGAACAUACACGGCUACACGCCCUCGGUCUUGCCGCUUCAGACGCGCACGGGCGCCGGUGCCCUCGCCCUUGGGUACAUCUUCUCCCCGGACUUCGACGUCUCCAAGAGGCACAUCCCCCAGACCCUGCUGGCCCCGUCCGGGAGCCUGCAGCAGCUCCGCGGCACCCUCGACCAGCUGUCGCUCCUGUACAGUCUCUCCAGCCCCUUCGUCGCCCACGUCGCGGCCGCCGACUACGCCGCCAACGAGGGCCUCGUCUCCAACUACGACUCCGCGCUGAGGUUGGCGGAAGACCUGGGCCUCGGCCUCGUCGCCAGCUCCUCGGCAUACGAGGCGCAGCACAUGUCCCUCUUCGCGACCCUCCUCGCCACCGUCGUCCCUACUCUCCAUGUCUAUGACGGCAUCCGCGUGGCGCGCGAGACCCUGCGUGUCGUCGAUGCCUUGAGCGAGACUGGGGUCGCGGACCUGUACACAAAGCUCUCGUCCGAGGCCGGCAAGUUGAACCAGCGCCUGGACACCGCGGGCAAGGUCGUCGAGCUCCUCAAGUUGUUCAACGACGAGCUCGGCACGGUCUAUGAGCCGUUCGAGUACCACGGCCACGAGACCCCAGACGUCGUUUUGGUUGCGUUCGGCAGCGUCGAGACGCAGGUCGCCAAGCAGACUCUCGCCAAGAUUGCCCGAGACGGGGCCAAGGUCGGCGUCAUCAACGUCCGCGUCUACCGUCCCUUCAUCGAGGAGGCAUUCCUCAAGGCCAUACCCGCCUCGGCACGCACCAUUGCUGUCCUCGGCCAGGUUCGCGACGACGUCGCCGUCGCGGACGAGGCCACGCAGUCCGCCCUCUACGGCGACGUCCUGACCGCCGUCACCUUCUCCGGCAUGUUCGACGAGGAGCCCGAGGUCCUGGACAUCAAGUACACGCCCUCGCAGACCUUGACGCCCCAGGGCCUGGUCAACACGCUGCACAAGAUCUUUGGCAACGACGGCGAGGCGAAGGCGCUGCCGUCACUCAUCAGCGCUCGGCAGUACACCUUCUGGGACGUGGACGACUCCGUCGCUCUCUACUCCCCGGCCGUCCUCGGCAGUGUCCUGUCCCGCGAGUCGACCAACAACGUCUACGUGCACACUGCCUUUGACAACCUGACGCAGGGCGGCGUCGUCCGGACCGAUGUUCGCUCGUCCAAGAAGGCGCUCGAGGCGCCCUACGAGGUUACCAACGCCGACGUUGCGGUCGUUGGCGACGAGAAGCUGCUGAAGGAAGUGGACGUCGUCAAGAGCGUCGCGGAUCAGGGCAGCAUCAUUAUCAAGCUGCCCAACUUCAAGCAGGAGGACGUUGAGAAGCGACUGCCCGUCCAUUUCCGAAAGGACGUUCAGGAGAGGGGCAUUGAGGUGUUUGUCCUGGACGUUGCCUACUCUCCGGCUUUUGAGAAGGACCCGCAGUCGUCGAAGCUGCUGCUCGAGCUUUCGUUCCUCAAGGUCGCGCAGCCUGAGCUGUCUCACGAGGGCAUCGGCAAGCUUAUUCUGGUCGAGGGACAUCCGCCCACCCUGGAGGAAUGCGUCGAUGCCACCAACCAGUGCCUCAUCAAGCUCGAGGUGCCUACCGGAUGGGCCGAGGUGGCCGCCGACUACGACGAGCCCCAGCUGCGCACCACCAUCCAGACCAACAGCUUUGUUUCGUUCCGGAAGGAGGAGAGCGAGGAGACGCUCGAGCUUCGGGACUGGCAGGCGGCUGCCCGUGGCAUCGUCUUCAAGGACGCAUACGAGACGCGAUCCAACCUGCGCCCAGACCUGUCCGUCAAGACGGCUACGAUCCGCGUCAAGGAGAACCGCCGCCUCACUCCCCACGACUACGACCGCAACAUCUUCCACAUCGAAUUCGACCUCGGCGAUUCCGGCCUCACCUACAAGAUUGGCGAGGCGCUCGGCAUCCACGCCGAGAACGACGAGGAGCAGGUCAACGACUUCAUCAAGUCGUACGGCCUCAACCCCGCCGAGGUCGUCCAGGUGCCCGCGCGCGAGGACCCGGCCUCCCUCGAGGUCCGCACCGUCCACCAGGCCCUGCUGCAGAACAUCGACAUCCUCGGCAAGCCGCCCAAGCGGUUCUACGAGGCCUUGGCCGAGUUCGCCACCGACGACAUCGAAAGGAAGAAGCUCGAGGCCCUGGGCAGCUCUGCCGGUGCCGAGGAGCUGAAGCGCCGUACAGACGUUGACACCGACACCUACGUUGAUAUCCUGGAGGAGUUCCAGUCGGCACGGCCCAGCUUCCACGACCUCAUCAAGAUCGUGAGCCCGCUCAAGCGACGCGAAUACUCCAUCGCAUCCGCGCAGGCCGUGACGCCCACUUCCGUCGCCCUCAUGAUUGUCGUCGUCGACUGGGUCGAUCCCAAGGGCCGCACUCGCUAUGGCCACGCAACGCGUUACCUCUCCCGCCUGCAGCCCGGCGCUGCCGUCACGGCCUCCGUCAAGCCCUCGGUCAUGAAGCUCCCCACCAAGGACACCGCCCCGCUCAUCAUGGCCGGCCUGGGCACCGGUCUGGCCCCGUUCCGCGCCUUCGUCCAGUACCGUGCCAUGCAAAAGGCCCAGGGCAAGGAGAUUGGCGCGAUCCUGCUGUACCUCGGCUCGCGCCACCAGCGCGAAGAGUAUCUCUACGGCGAGGAGUGGGAGGCGUACCUGGCCGCCGGCGUGGUGACGCUCAUCGGGAGUGCCUUCUCGCGCGACCAGCCGCAGAAGAUCUACAUUCAGGACAGGAUGCGCCAGACCAUCGGAGAUAUCGCCAAGGCGUACGUCCAGGAGGAGGGCAGCUUCUACCUGUGCGGACCGACGUGGCCUGUGCCGGAUGUGACAAAGGUGCUGGAGGAAGCCAUCGCGAAGGACGCCAAGGCGAACGGGAAGAAGGUCGACCCCAAGAAGGAGAUUGACAAGCUCAAGGAGGAGGGACGUUAUGUCCUUGAGGUGUACUGAACGAGGAGAGCGUCAAAAGUAUGGAUGGCAGAGCAUUUGUUAUUACAUCGACACAUAGAAUUGCCGAGGCAAUUUUGCCCGCCUUUUAUCACACAUUUCAAUUCUGUAGCG